CCGGUCUUGCUCACUUCCUGACCUGACUGUCCCGCGACUGUUUACAAAGCUUCAUCACUUCUUCAACGGCCCGCGGUCCUGCGUGAACACAAACCACGACACGGAUGAUGGUCGUGUGCGGACUGCCACGCUUCUGCUAAGAACUACACGUCCUCUUUGAGUCUUGGCUGGGGACACUUACAAGGCCGUGAUUACCAAGUGGCGCCAGGGCCAUGCAGCACCCCAACUUCCAGACCCGCCACCCGCUCCAGACAGACGAGCAGCAGGAGACGGGCUUGGACCCGCUCAGCAAUUUCAACAAGAACCGCAGCAGAGGCUCUCUUGACAGCAGCACUCCAUCCUUGUCAACCUUCCUGUCAUACAGGAAAGAAUGGGACCAAUUGUUUGUCAGCGGCAAUUACCUGCCCAGGAUCCGGCAGGCAGGCAUCAGCGGUCGACUGAGGAGCAGCCGCUUUCGAAGCGUAUGCUGGAAGUUGUACCUGGAGGCUCUCCCAGAGGACAGCAGUCAGUGGAUCAACAAGACCAGGGAGCUGCGGGCUCAAUAUGAGAAGAUUAAAGAAAUGCACAUCACAAACCCUCGCAAGGCUGCGGGCAAGCAGGACUUGGUGGUCAACAACCCGCUAUCCCAGGACGAGGGGAGCCCGUGGAACAAGUUCUUCCAGGACAAGGAGCUGAAGGGGAUGAUCAAACAAGACGUAUUGAGAACGUUUCCUGAGAUCCGUUACUUCCAGGACGAGGAUGUGCGGAGCAAGCUGACGGACAUUCUCUUCUGCUAUGCCAGAGAAAAUGAACAGUUGCUUUAUAAGCAGGGGAUGCACGAGUUGUUGGCUCCCAUCGUCUUCGUUCUGCACUGCGACCAUCAAGCCUUCCUGCACGCCAGUGAGACGGCGAGCCCCAGUGAGGAGAUGAAGUGUCUGUUGGACCCACAGUACCUUGAGCAUGAUGCAUAUGCACUGUUCUCUCAGCUGAUGGAGACUGCAGAGCCUUGGUUCUCUUGCUAUGAACGAGAAGUGAGGAGGGGUAAAGAAGAAAUGCUCAGCAGCAUCCCUUUUGCGCGGCCCCAGGACUUGGGGCCAUCUGUUGCCAUAGUAACCAAAGUCAACCGCAUCCAAGAUCAGCUGGUGAAGAAGCACGAUGUGGAGCUGCACAUGCACCUCAACCGGCUGGAAAUCGCCCCGCAAAUCUACGGAAUCCGCUGGGUGCGCCUGCUGUUCGGACGCGAGUUUCCCCUUCAGGACCUGCUGGUGGUCUGGGACGCUCUAUUCGCUGACAGCAUCACUCUGGACCUGGUGGACUACGUUUUCGUGGCCAUGCUGCUCUACAUCCGAGACGCUCUGAUUGCCAGCAACUUCCAGACCUGCCUGGGCCUCCUGAUGCACUACCCUCCGAUCGGGGACAUCAACUCCCUGCUGCAGAAAGCUCUUUUCCUCCGAGACCCCAGAAACCAUCCAAGACCUGUCAACUACCAGUUCCAGCAGAAUCUGGAUUACUACAAAACAAGAGGAGCCGACCUGAUGAAUAAGACACGUUCCAGCACCAAAGCGGCUCCUCUGAACAUCAACAAGGUGUCCAGCAGCCUGCUGAACUUCGGCAGGAAGCUCAUCUCUCCGGCCAUAUCAGGAGCGUCCAUCAACAGCGACGUGCACGCCUCGCCCGCUUCGCCCACCGGGACGUCCGCGCCCCCCUUGCUGCACCCGCUCGCCGAGCCCCCCUCGGACCGGGCACCGUCGCAGAGCCACGCCCCCUCGCAGCACUACCGCAUGCUGAAGUCGGAGAGCAUGCCCGUCCACCUGGGCAAAGGCCAGAGCUCCAAGGCGGUCAGCUCCUCUCCCAGCAUCGACAACCUCUCGGCCGGGGGUCAGUCCUGCGCCUCGCCACCUCCGCCGCUCUCCAGGGGAGGAAGCGACGCCAGCGCCUCGUCGCCGCCCCUCUCUGCCACCAAGAAGGAGUCGUUCUUCCACAUCGCUCGCUCGCGCUCCCACAGCAAGACCAUGUCCAGGAAGGAGACGGACGACGACUUGGAGGCCCAGGUGUCCUUCCUGCAGGGUCAGAUCAACGACCUGGAAGCCAUGAGCAAAUACUGUGCCAAGAUGAUGAACACUCACAUUUGUCAAAUCCAGGACGUGAUCUUGCAAGAACACCUGGGCAAAGAGGACCAGGUCCUGGUUUCAUUGGCAGGCCUCAAACAGAUCAAGGACAUCCUGCAGGGGGCGCUGCGCUUUAACCAGAGCCAGCUGGAGGCCGAGGACAACGAGGAGAUCAACAUCGCCGACGAUCACUACACCUCGGCAGCCCAAGCCUCUCUGGGCACCGGCGGUCACCACGACGACCACCGGCCGCAAGGCGGCGGGGGCGGCAGGAGGCGGCGAGGACCCGACGGUGACGCCAGCGCUGAUGAGAAAGAAGAAGACGAGGAAGAGGAGCAGACGAUGACUCCACACCAGGUGGCGCCAGCCCUCAGCCCGGAUGCUAAGAACUGGGAAGACUACAUCCUGGUGUGCCAGGAAGGAGACCUGCAGGGCGCCCACACACGACGGUCCGCCUCGGAGCACACCCCUCCCAGCAGGCGGGGCCGCGGCCCGGUUCGCAUGGAGCCCGAGGGUGCGGCGGGGACCCUUCACGACCCCCUGAUGGCGGCCAUGGCCUCGGGUUCAUCCAGCCCGGACGAGGGCUCCACCAACAGCAAGGAUUCGGACUUCACCAUCGUCAACCCGGGCGAUUUGUGAACAAGUGAGCCAAAGACUCUUUUCUUCCUCUUCUUUUCCUCCAUCUGGGCCACCAUGAUAGAAACAAAGAUGGAGGGAAGCUGCUGUUUUUUUUUCUUCAAAGUUGCACAAAAUCUUGAUGCUAUCUCCUCCACUUCUGCACUUUUUGGGUAUUUUGUUCAUCACCCUCAAACCUUAUGUAAGACACCAACACGUUCCCUUCUCAGUGCCUUCUAAAUAGUAAAAAACUGCUAGUAGGAGGGGUCGAUAAGGUACUGUAAAAACCGCCAGUGCUACAUAAAAGAAGUACUUUUAGUACUACUACUAUAUGGCUGUAUGCUAUAUGACCCAAACAUUGCUAAGGAAGCAUUUUUUAUUUCAGGAAUGAGGACUAUUGAGAAUGUGCUGAAAGAUACAACCAUCCCAGAGAGAGUGGACAUUUUAUGCUCUUAUUUGAAACGUUACGCGCACAGUAAUAGACGUUACCGCCACAUUUCUAGAAAACUAAGGACACGGUGGGCUGUACUUCUCCUUUAAAUAAAAUGAUUAAUAAAUUAGUAACUCAAAUUUUUUUCUAAAAAAUUUAUAAUAGUAAUAUAUAAUAAAUAAAAUAUAAUAAACUUCUAAUUACAUACAAUAAUAGUGAAUAAUAGUUUCAUGUCGUGUAAAUGUUUUUGUAAAAUAUAUAUCUUAUAGUAAUAUUAUGAAUAUUUGAACUAUAACAAACUUUUACUUAAAUACUGUAAGUUAGUACUGAAACAUUUUAUAAAAAUAUUUAAAACAAAUGUAGCAAUCUUCCUUUUAAAUACAAUACAGUAAUAAACUAAGUAAAUAAAAAUAGAAUUUAUAUAUAUAUAAAAUAUAACAAAUUGAUAAGUAUAAAAAUCAAUUGGUAAAUAUUUAUUUAGAUACAGUGUAAAAAAAAUGGUAUAUAUUGAAGUAGUAUAAACAUUUAGAUGUAUAGAAUAUAACAAAUAAUUACAAUAAUAAACAGUGUUGUACAGCUUGGACAUUUGUAUUGAAAUAUUUCAAAUAAAUACAAUAAUAAAGUGGUAAAUAAUACUUCCACAUACUUAACAAUAAAAUAAUACAACUGGGCUCCACCAAAAGCAAGAAUUCAAACGUUAACCAGUUGUGAACAAGUGAGCAACAGACGUCCUCUACAGUAGACAUUUGAUUUUUGCCUAUUUAUAGUGCUGUGACAAACAAUCAUUUUAAGAAUCUGCGUCUCACAAGUUUUUGGAACUGAACUCGCGGGCCACCAGUUGAAAAGCCCAAAUGAUGAACAAGAGAGGACCUAAGAUGGAACCUUGAGGAACACCACCAGUAUAACUAAAGAAGGCGAACAAAUGACUGCAUCUGACACCUUACUUAUACAGUGACAAACAGGAAAGGACUUAAAGGGGUGCCUUGAGGAACACCUCAGUUCAAAGGUCAAUGCAAGGAUGCAUUUACAUGGUCCCAGUUCCUCUAGUCUUUUAGCAACCUCUUGCUAGCAGUUGUUCACUCUUUACAAGGCACAGUGAAGGGAAAGACGUGUUCUUUUGUCAAGUAAGGAUUGUGAUUGAUGAACAGAAUUUGACCCCAAAAGUGCAAUUUUUCUUUCAUGUAGAUUAUUAGUCGAAUCCAACAUGUUUAGUUGCAAUGAAACGAGCUUCAUCAAUAAUGACCUGAAGAUGUAUUUUCUACAUCACACCUGUGAUUUAGUCCCACUUUGACUUUCAUGUAGAUCAUUAGUCUGAUCCGACAUGUUUAGUCGUCAUGAUAACGACCUGAAGAUGUAUUUUAUACAUCACAGGUGUGAUUUAGUCCCACUUUGACUUUCAUGUAGAUUAUUAGUCUGAUCCGACAUGUUUAGUCGCAAUGAAAAUGACCUGAAGAUGUAUUUUAAACAUCACAACUCUGACAAAAGACGACGAUGAGUCUCGUCCUCCUCAGUGCCUCCAAGCGCUCGUCUUAAUCAGCCCAACAAAACCCAACUGUGAUCUUAUUCCAUCUUUUUUAUUGCAAUCCAGUAGCAUUAUUAAAUGAUGGAAUGUCUUUCUUUUCUUGUGGUGUCCGUUGAAACCAAAGCGGUAAUGCUUGCGCCCCAAAACGCUGACUAAGCAUUAUUUCUUGGCAAAGAAAUAAAAAGUGGCUGCGUGUGCUUGGCAAGCAAUUUAGUUCAAGUGUUAUUGAAUCUUUUCGAACUUCUCUAUUCCCUCUGAAAAUCUGCUAAUUAUCUAAAUUAGAUUAGUUUUGAAAAUAGUUACAUACAACUUAACAACUUUAAACUCAAUCAUAUGUAGCAAGCUUUUAAAUGUAAACAAAAAUAGUUUAAGAUAGCUUAGAAUGAGUUUAUGAAAACAUAUGUGAAAUAAAUCUACAAUAAUAAAUUAGUAAAUAAUAGGGCCAUACAGUUUGAAAACUUUAAAUGUAAAAAAUAUAUUAAAAAAAAAAAACUACCUAUAACACACUUCUAAUUAUAUACAACAAUAAACAAUACGUUUAAUAUAGCAUAGACAUAUUAAUCAAAAAAUGUAUAAGUAGCUAGUAUCGCAUCAUAAUUAAAUUAUCCCCUCAACUCCCCCCAAAAUGGAUUAACUCGCUGGAAUAAAAGACA